AUGGGUGGCCAUCUCUCACAUCUCAAACCGGAACACCAUUCGAAUGUAUUCUUCGCAUCGUGUGGUCCGGUUCGUGGAAAUUUUUAUCGACAUGUAGGCAUCCCGUAUGCCAAACCACCAAUAGGAGAGUUGAGAUUUAGGAAACCAGUUUUGGUAGAUGUCUGGUCGGAACCCAGAGAUUGCUUUGAAUAUGGUCCACGAUGUCCGUCUUCUGGAAUGUUUUAUGAAAAGAUCGAUCUUAAAAAUCAAGACGUGCCGGAUGAAGCGAACUGUUUGACGUUGAAUGUGUUUCGUCCAAGAUGGCAAUGUAAAGAAUAUAUCAAGAGACCUGUCAUGGUAUUCAUUCAUGGUGGAGGUUUCGAACUUUGUGCUUCUCGAGAUUAUUGUGACUACUCGUUGACAGGAACUUUACCUCUAAAAGAUGUUUUGGUAGUAACCAUAAACUAUCGUCUUGGAGCACUCGGUUUUUUCUCCACAGGAGACGAAACUUGUCCGGGAAACUUUGGUUUAUGGGACCAAACACUUGCUCUGAAGUGGGUCCAAAAACACAUCGCAUCGUUUGGAGGAGAUCCUAAUAAUGUGACAAUAUUUGGACAGAGUGCCGGAGGUGUAAGCGUGGAUCUUCUAUCCUUAAGUCCACAUUCCAGAGACCUAUUCCAUAAAUUCUUACCAAUGUCCGGCAGUGCUCAUGUUCCAUUUGCAAUCAGAACCGCCAGAUACCAGCUUGAGGUAUCACUGGAAUACGCUCGGAACAAAGGAUUCACUGGAUCAGGAUCAACAGAGUUGUUCGAGUUUAUGAAAAACUUGCCAGUGGAGAAACUUCUGGAAAGGUCAGGUUUUGAGCAUUCGGCAUCUGGAAUGGUCUCUUUUGGACCAAACCUUGAUUAUGACUUCUUUCCCAAACCACUGGAAGAAUUGAGAAUUGAAGCAUCAAAUAAGCCAGUGAUGAUUGGAAUGGCAGAGCAUGAGGGAUUGCUUUUUGCAUUUACCGAUCCUCAUUUUACAACUGCCGAUGAAGUACUAAAGAGAAAGAUAGCGGCGGAAUUCAAAGAAGAUGUGGUUGAUAAUCCAGAAAAAAUCCGUCGAGAUAUUUUCGAAUAUUACAUGAACUUUAAUAGAGAUUCAGAUGAGAAGAAGCUCGUUGCGUACACUGGGGAUUCGAUAUUCAACGCAGGAGUUAUCCUUGCUGCUAAAAGUUUGGCAACCCAUGGAAACACUGUAUUUUUUAUGUAUUUGACUACUGCAAUCCAGACGAUUUCGGACCAAUUGGAGGCAUACUACCGUUCAGAGUUCCAACUCAUUGUACUGAACUUCGGUACAUUGUCGGAGAAGGUGUAUACAAUGAUGGAGUAUAUGACCACUAUGUUCUCCAAUUUCGCCAAAUAUGGGAAUCCCAACAUAUCUGGUUCAACCAAAUGGGAGAGUUUCAGAGCCAGUGAUAACCACAAACAUUUCUACAUAACGUAUCCUGAAAGUGAAAUGAGAGAACAAUUUCAUGGAGGUCGAUGUCAAUUUUUGGAGGAAAUGAACAAUCAAAACAACAGUUACCAAGAGAUUUUUUUUGGAAAAAACAACUGA